ACCGAACUAGCUAGCUAACGCUGUCUAGCAGUACAAACCUGUAGAUGUAGCUAGCUCGAUCAAUAUCAUUACACCAAAAACAUUUUACUUGAACUCGAGGAAGAGUGUGGAAAUGCUGCGACUGUAGAAGAGGAGGAGGAGAGCAAGCAGACAGUCAGUGGACCAGUAUGAACUAUGACAGAAGAAGGGUGGGUCGGGGAGAAUGCAACAGCUCCUCCGACCACCACUACAUGGACUACCGCGGCUACGGACAGGAUGAGGCGGAGCCGGGGAUAGGAUAUGACUUCAGAGCUGCCUCCGGCCACGGGGACCAAGUCGACCGAUUGGCGUGCCUCCGGGAGUUCGUGACCCCGGGCCGUCUCCAUGACAACCGGCCAGGGUUCCGUCAGAGGCGUGGGGGGAGAGGGGAGGGGUGCGGUCCGGGUCGUGUGGGUAAAGGGAUACUAUCAUCCUGUCCCCCUCGAUCCCUGGUCCUACUCCAGCCAGAGGUAGCCCUGCCCAGGCUGCAAAGAGAGGAGAGAUUCCCCUGGGGAGGAGGACCAGGGGAGGAGGAGAGGUUCCCCAGAGGAGGAGGACCAGGGGAGGAGGAGAGGUUCCCCAGAGGAGGAGGACCAGGGGAGGAGAGGAGGUUUCCCAGAGGAGGACCAGGGGAGGAGAAGAGGUUCCCCAGAGGAGGAGGACCAGGGGAGGAGGAGAGGUUCCCCAGAGGAGGAGGACCAGGGGAGGAGGAGAGGUUCCCCAGAGGAGGAGGACCAGGGGAGGAGGAGAGGUUCCCCUGGGGAGGAGGACCAGGGGAGGAGGAGAGGUUCCCCAGAGGAGGAGGACCAGGGGAGGAGAAGAGGUUCCCCAGAGGAGGAGGACCAGGGGAGGAGGAGAGGUUCCCCAGAGGAGGAGGACCAGGGGAGGAGGAGAGGUUCCCCAGAGGAGGAGGACCAGGGGAGGAGAAGAGGUUCCCCAGAGGAGGAGGACCAGGGGAGGAGGAGAGGUUCCCCAGAGGAGGAGGACCAGGGGAGGAGGAGAGGUUCCCCAGAGGAGGAGGACCAGGGGAGGAGGAGAGGUUCCCCAGAGGAGGAGGACCAGGGGAGGAGGAGAGGUUCCCCAGAGGAGGAGGACCAGGGGAGGAGGAGAGGUUCCCCAGAGGAGGAGGACCAGGGGAGGAGGAGAGGUUCCCCAGAGGAGGAGGACCAAGGGAGGAGGAGAGAUUCCCCAGAGGAGGAGGACCAGGGGAGGAGAGGAGGUUUCCCAGAGGAGGACCAGGGGAGGAGGAGAGGUUCCUCAGAGGAGGAGGACCAGGGGAGGAGGAGAGGUUCCCCAGAGGAGGAGGACCAGGGGAGGAGGAGAGGUUCCCCAGAGGAGGAGGACCAAGGGAGGAGGAGAGAUUCCCCAGAGGAGGAGGACCAAGGGAGGAGGAGAGAUUCCCCAGAGGAGGAGGACUCGGGAAGAGAAAGGGUUUCUCCAUGGGCUGUCCCGGUGAGGAGCGUGGUGGUGGGGGUCCAGAUCCCUCCUCUUCCUGUAUAGAUCACCCAGUUCAGAUGGACUACAGACCAGACCUCCUGGACCUCAACCAGAGACCCUCCAACAUCAUCAUGUUACGCAUGCUGCCACCCAACGCGACUGCCAACGAGAUCCGUGCCCAGCUUCAGGACCAGGGGAUUGACCCAACAGAGGUUAUGAUUCGCCUGAUGACAAACAAGUCUUCAGGUCAGAGCCGUGGAUUCGCCUUCGUGGAGUUUAAUCACAUACAGGAGGCCUGCCGCUGGAUGGAGACCAAUCAGAUGGUUCUGUCUGUCCUAGACCAGAGGGUGUCUAUGCACUACAGUGAACCUAAACCACGGGCCAACGAGGACUGGCUCUGUAACAAGUGUGGGGUUCAGAACUUCAAGAGGAGAGAGAAGUGCUUCAAGUGUGGUGUUCCCAAAUCAGAGGCAGAGCUGAAACUGUCCCAGCUGGGGGAGUUACCCCUGGGGGGGCAUCAGAUGGAUGGUGCCCAGGGAUUACUACCCCUCCCUGCCCUUUACCAGCCUGCUGCUGCCACCUCUACUGCCCUCACCAAGGCCGGGGCAACUAACACACAACAGCCUGAGGUGGCCAACGACACUCUGAUCCUGAGGAACCUGGGUCCCCAUACCUCCCUGGAGUCCAUCCUGUCCACUCUGGCUCCCUUCGCUACUCUGUCUCCUUCUAAUGUUCGACUGAUCAAAGAUAAGCAGACACAACUCAACCGGGGCUUCGCUUUCCUACAGCUGUCUACUAUAGUGGAAGCAUCUCAGCUGCUCCAGAUCCUGCAGGCCUUACAGCCAACUCUCUCUAUAAACGGGAAGGCCAUCUCUGUCGAGUUCGCCAAGGGAUCCAAACGGGAUGUGUUUCUGACAGAUGGUAGUAGAGUGAGUGCUGCUACAGCUGCCAGUACAGCCAUCGCUGCUGCCCAGUGGUCUGUUACCCAGAAGGCCCAGUCCCUGUCCUCUACCUCCCGGCAUGGUGUGGAUGUGGGGUUGUACCACCAGGGGGCAGCAGUAACCCUGGGAGUCUGUGAAGAAGAGGAGAACCUGGACUACAAGGCCCAGACAGUGGUAACAGUGGUCUCGUCUGAGGCUGUGGUUUCUGGAGUGGACGGCGUACAACUGUCUUUGGGACAAUCACAAGCUCCGCUCAUCACUACGGCAACCACACAGCAGGUAGAGAUAGUGGGUAAGCCUCAGCCUCCUACUCCCACCCACCCUGCCACCCCCGGAACUGCACACGAGUACCAACAAUACCCGGUCCCGGACAUGUCCACCUACCAGUAUGAGGAGAGUUCUGGACUCUACUACGACCCUCUAACUGGACUCUACUACGACCCCAAUUCACAGUACUACUAUAACAGGGUCACUCAGCAGUAUAUGUACUGGGACGGAGAGAAGCAGACAUAUAUUGCAGCUCCCGCCCAAUCAACUGAGACUGUUGUUGCCCCCGGUGAUAACACCGCCCCCUCUAACCCCCCCUCUGCUGCCCUCGGGGGCAAGGAGAAGAAAGACAAGCCCAAAAACAAGACAGCACAACAGAUAGCGAAGAACAUGGAGCGUUGGGCUAAGAGUCUGAACAGACAGAAGGAGAACGUUCGCUCUCUCUCUUCUUCCUCCUCCGUGACCCCUGUGGCCUCUAUAGUUCUUUCCCCUGGUGAAACCUGGGCUCCUGGACUCGGUCGCCUUGACGACCGCAGAGAGUCCGCCAGCGCAGACGCCGGAUAUGCUGUCCUGGAGAAGAAGGGGGCGUUGUCUGAAAGAGCUCAGAUCAUCCUGGACCAGCUCAGACACACAGACCACAGAGAGCGCUCCCCUCCUCAGGUGCAGGGUUUGGUGCCGGCCUACAAUGGAGAGACGGACAGUGAGGUAGAGGAGGGAGGAGAGAAGGAUGAGAGGAUGACAGACUGGGCUAAGCUAGCCUGUCUGCUGUGUAGGAGACAGUUCCCCAACAAGGAGGCUCUCAUACGACACCAGCAGCUCUCAGAGCUACACAAGCAAAACCUGGAACAGAGGUCGUCUCAGCAGGAGGGGGGAGCUGCGGAGAGGAGGGAGAAAGGUCUCCCCACCGAACUACCAGACCCCAAGAAGAGGAAGUACAGCCCCCUUGAUGGUACGGCUGGCAGUAGUCUAGGUGCCAGGAUGCUGCAGGGAGGGGUGAAGAAUGGCCUGCUGCUACGUAACAUGCAAGUGGACUGACCUCUCGCCCCUGACUGUUAACCCGCUCCAGGGUGAAGUUUCCCCUAGGUCUGUACAGAUCUUGGAUCAGCUUCCCCUUCCCGAAUCCUAAUCUAUUUUUUAACAUUUUUUUAAUAAACACUUUUUACCCCUUUUUCGUGGUAUUCAUCUGGGAGUUCGUUUCGUCGCUGCAACUCCCGUGCGGACUCUGGACAGGCGACGGUUGAGAGCCACGCGUCCUCCGAAACAUGACCCUGCCAAGCCGCACUGCUUCUUGACACAAUGCCCACUUAACCCGGAAGCCAGCCGCACCAAUGUGUCAGAAGAAACACCGUAGACCUGGCGACCGUGUCAGCGUGCACUGCGCCCGGCCCGCCACAAGGAGUCGCUAGAGCACGAUGAGACGAGAACAUCCCUGCCAGCCGAACCCGGACGACACUGGGCCAAUUGUCCGCCGCCUCAUGGGCCUGCGACACAGCCUUGGAUCGAACCCAGGUCUGUCGUGACGCCUUAGACCGUUGCAUCACUCAGGAGGCACCCGAAUCCUAACCAUUAGUGGGAAAAUCUACGGACAGAUACUCAAAUCUGAUCGCUGCAGAGGAGGCCGAUAGGAGAUCAAUAUGGAGCUGACCAACAGCGGCACGCCACGGACGAUAGAGAAAGGACAUUUUUGAUAACCACCGGCAUAAACGAUUCUCAACAAAUAUGAUAUCAUAAGCAAUUUUACAAUAGAAAUAGGCCUUUAAUCUGUUACAUUAAGAUAUUUGAUGUGGAAACAAGUCUGUAACUUGGCGAACGGUCGUCCUGAAUAAGAGCAUUUACCCGUGAUGUGGUGGUCCCCAGAACAGCAAAGGUUGGGAACCACUGGUCCCCACAUCACCUUUUGUUUGAUUGGAAACAGUAUGUAUGUGACAGUUUUAUAUUGAUAGUUAGCCAUUAAUAACAAAUAGGAAGACAUUUCUGCUGUACUAGUGGCUGUGUUUUCAUGGGCUCCACUCCAGUUCCCUGCAGCUUACCUGGGCGUAUGGUCACCCGAGAUGGCUUGAGCUGAGAAAUGAGUUAAAGACUGCAUUACAGAGAGAAUCGUGUGUUUUACUAGAGAUAGCUUAGGAGUAGAACAAUCCCUCAUUGUCUCUAAAUCAUCCUUGCAACUGGGAAACUAAGCCAGGGUGAGGUUAAGACAACAACCCUGUGUAGAUAACGACAGGAUGGACCCAGGGUGAGGUUAAGACAACAACCCUGUGCAGAUAACGACAGGAUGGACCCAGGGUGACUUAUGAUGGUCCUUGGUCUGCAUGGGAGGGGUGGAACCAGCCAUGACUAAGCAUUCUUAGUGUCAGCUAUAUAUGAAGAACUCUGCAUGUCUGUAAAGGUGAAGCUGCUCGGCCCAACAGUCAAUACUGUGGGGUUGACUAGUCUCAUGUCUGUAAAGGUGAAGCUGCUCGGCCCAACAGUCAAUACUGUGGGGUUGACUAGUCUCAUGUCUGUAAAGGUGAAGCUGCUCGGCCCAACAGUCAAUACUGUGGGGUUGACUAGUCUCAUGUCUGUAAAGGUGAAGCUGCUCGGCCCAACAGUCAAUACUGUGGGGUUGACUAGUCUCAUGUCUGUAAAGGUGAAGCUGCUCGGCCCAACAGUCAAUACUGUGGGGUUGACUAGUCUCAUGUCUGUAAAGGUGAAGCUGCUCGGCCCAACAGUCAAUACUGUGGGGUUGACUAGUCUCAUGUCUGUAAAGGUGAAGCUGCUCGGCCCAACAGUCAAUACUGUGGGGUUGACUAGUCUCAUGUCUGUAAAGGUGAAGCUGCUCGGCCCAACAGUCAAUACUGUGGGGUUGACUAGUCUCAUGUCUGUAAAGGUGAAGCUGCUCGGCCCAACAGUCAAUACUGUGGGGUUGACUAGUCUCAUGUCUGUAAAGGUGAAGCUGCUCGGCCCAACAGUCAAUACUGUGGGGUUGACUAGUCUCAUGUCUGUAAAGGUGAAGCUGCUCGGCCCAACAGUCAAUACUGUGGGGUUGACUAGUCUCAUGUCUGUAAAGGUGAAGCUGCUCGGCCCAACAGUCAAUACUGUGGGGUUGACUAGUCUCAUGUCUGUAAAGGUGAAGCUGCUCGGCCCAACAGUCAAUACUGUGGGGUUGACUAGUCUCAUGUCUGUAAAGGUGAAGCUGCUCGGCCCAACAGUCAAUACUGUGGGGUUGACUAGUCUCAUGUCUGUAAAGGUGAAGCUGCUCGGCCCAACAGUCAAUACUGUGGGGUUGACUAGUCUCAUGUCUGUAAAGGUGAAGCUGCUCGGCCCAACAGUCAAUACUGUGGGGUUGACUAGUCUCAUGUCUGUAAAGGUGAAGCUGCUCGGCCCAACAGUCAAUACUGUGGGGUUGACUAGUCUCAUGUCUGUAAAGGUGAAGCUGCUCGGCCCAACAGUCAAUACUGUGGGGUUGACUAGUCUCAUGUCUGUAAAGGUGAAGCUGCUCGGCCCAACAGUCAAUACUGUGGGGUUGACUAGUCUCAUUAUUGGAAUAACUAAUCAAUAUUAAAUAAAGAUGAUUGUUUGAAGAAAUGA